CCAAGAAAUGUGCAUGUUUUCACGGUAUUGCAAACAGUUCAAUCGAUGCUGUAGUACAGAUACUGGUGCGCUUAAAACUUUGUCAUUCGCCAUACGUCGUAAGGUACGCAUGCUUUUAUAGGGAGGGGCCAGAGCCAGGUGGAGAAUGGGUCAAGAUGGAGAACGCGCGUUCGGGGAGUACCUGUAGACUCGGCACCUGUAUAUCAACGCCAGCAAAGGAAUAUAUUUUUUUGCGGGUGCGCCGCUUGAAAAUCCGGAUAUAGACGACAUCUCAUAAUUUACCAUGUCGAUCGUUCUUCCGGUGUUAGACUCCAGCAUGGAUGAAAGGGGAGGAGGGUUCUGUAACUCUCCAUUUAUUGAUGAACAGCAGUCAUGGAACACAACAGACCCCGACUUCAGUCCCUGUUUCCAGAAGACAGUAAUCUUGUGGAUACCUUGUGCCUUCCUGGUACUGGUCACCCCCUUUCAUAUUUAUUUCCUCACAAAGAGCCAGGCACCAACAAUCCCCUCCUCAUGUCUCAGCAUACUCAAGACGGUGUUAGCUGUGUUGCUUGCUGUGGCUGCUAUCGCAGACAUAGGGAAGAGUGUGCAACAGUUUAUCUCAGAAGAACCAGUACCAACUGUUGAUUUCAUAUCACCCCUCAUCUUUUGUCUUACAAUGGUGCUGGCUACAUUCCUCAUCCAACACGAGAGGAAACAUGGUGUACAAUCAUCAGGGGUCAUGUUCUUAUUCUGGUUGAUGCUGUUGACAUCGGGAAUUCUCAUUUUCCAGUCCAAAGUGCGAACAGCUGCCGGAGAGGGCAUUGACGAAGUCUUUAGGUUUGUGAUAUUCUUUAUUGAGUUCCCGGUGAUCCUUAUACAGUUCAUCCUAACAUGGUUUGUGGACCGGAGAAAAAACGAAUUUGUACCAACUGCUGUAGUACAUGAUAAGCCAUGUCCGGAGGCAGACUCUUCCUUCAUAUCGAGGAUAAGUUUUUGGUGGUUUUCAGGUACUGUGGUUCAGGGGUAUAAGCACGCAUUAAAGAGAAGUGACCUAUUUGCCAUGAAUGAAGAGGAUAUGUGUAGCAGUGUGAUUCCCCAUUUUGACAAGUACUGGCACCAGGAGAUUGAGAAGGAGAAGAGUUCAAAACGAAACCCAGAAACUCCCAGCACUGACGGUAUUGAACUACAGACCCGACAACGGGAUGGAGAAACGUACACAGAAGUGAACGUUGUUGAUGGGAAACCACCCUACAAAGCCAAACUGCUCAUCUCCCUGAUCAAAGCAUUCUGGCCUAUGUUCCUCCUGUCCGCUCUCUACAAACUAAUUUUUGACAUUCUUCAGUUUGUCAGUCCACUCGUUCUCAAACAGCUCAUCAUGUUCACUCGAAACAAGUCGGAGUACCAAUGGCGUGGCUAUGUUUACGCUGUUAUGAUGUUUGUGGUGGCUGUUGUUCAGUCCUUCAUCCUCCACCAAUACUUUCACGGCUGUCAGCUGCUCGGCAUGAAACUAAGAACGGCAAUAAUUACUGUUGUCUACAGAAAGAUGUUGCUGUUGUCCAAUACUGCAAGGCGUAACUCCACGGUUGGGGAGAUCGUGAACCUGAUGUCCGUUGAUGCUCAGCGCUUUAUGGAACUGAUGACCUACUUCCACACCAUCUGGUCUGGCCCAUUCCAGAUAGUAGUGUCACUCUACUUCUUGUGGCAGACCCUUGGCCCGUCAGUCUUGGCUGGUACUGGAGUCAUGAUAGUCAUGAUUCCAGUUAAUGCUGUUAUUGCCAAAAAGUCAAGAGACCUUCAGAUGCAGCAAAUGAAGUUUAAAGAUUCUAGAAUUAAAUUGAUGAAUGAAGUUCUCAAUGGCAUAAAGGUAUCUUUGGUGACCUUUGCUGUAUAUGUUUUGGUGGAUUCCAACAACAUCCUAGAUGCAGAGAAAGCCUUUGUGUCUCUAUCUCUCUUCAACAUCCUACGCUUUCCUCUAUCCAUGCUUCCUCAAGUCAUCUCCAGUAUUGUACAGGUCAGUGUUUCUGUUAAGAGACUCCAGCACUUCCUGGACAAUGAACAACUGGACAUAUUCAGUAUAGACAGGGACACCUCUGCUAAACACUCCAUUACCAUAGAGAAAGGCACAUUUACCUGGGAAAAGGAAACAGAGACCCCCACCCUCAGGGAAAUUAACCUUGAAGUGCCUGAUGGAUCCCUGGUUGCUGUGGUUGGAUCCGUUGGCUCAGGGAAGUCCUCCAUCCUGUCAGCCAUUCUUGGGGAAAUGGAGAAACUCAAGGGCAAGGCCAAUGUCAAGGGUUCGAUAGCAUAUGUCGCCCAGCAGGCCUGGAUCCAGAAUGCAACACUGCAGGACAACAUCCUGUUUGGCAAGACUAAGUACCAGACAGAGUAUUCCAAUGUUUUGGAUGCAUGUGCCCUGAAGACUGAUCUGGAAAUACUGCCUGCUGGAGACGAGACUGAGAUAGGAGAAAAGGGAAUUAACUUGAGUGGAGGACAGAAGCAGCGAGUCAGUCUAGCACGGGCAGUGUACCAGGAUGCAGAUAUCUAUCUUCUGGAUGAUCCUCUUAGUGCAGUCGAUUCCCAUGUCGGCAAACAUAUCUUUGAUCAGGUGAUUGGACCAAGGGGUCUUCUUAAGGAGAAGACUCGGGUGUUGGUCACUCACGGUAUUGGCUUCCUGCCAAAAGUGGACCUGAUUGUAGUCCUUGUGAAUGGUCAGAUCUCUGAGGUUGGGUCAUUCCAGGAACUCAUCGGUCAUGCUGGUGCUUUUGCCGAGUUCCUUAAGAACUAUCUGACUGAGGAACUAGACAGUGAAGAUGUGGAUUUGGAUCUGGAGGAAAUUGAAGAACUAAAGAAUUUAAAGAUGGCUGAGGAAAUUGUAUCUCAGCUUGGUUCAAUCAUGGAGGAUGAUAAGACGGCAAAACUACAGAAGCAGGUGUCUGUGAUAUCUAGUCGACUAAGGACCAUGUCUGGAGGUUCCCAGGACUUAGACGGUGAUGUGCCUCGAGCGGUAACACCAGUAUCAUGGAAAGGCUCCCAGCCAAAGUUCCCUACAUCACCCGUAUUGAUGCGACAAAAAUCUGAGCAUCCUGUUUCCAAAGAGGAGAAAGAGGCUGAAAAUCUCAAACGUCAAGUACAGGAAAAGAAGAAAGAGGACAAACUAAUCCAGGCAGAGAGCGUAGAAACAGGAACGGUGAAGAUGACCGUGUUUCUGUCCUACCUGAAGUCUGUGGGACCAAUCCUCAGCUGCAUCAUCAUCUUGUUUUACAUAUUGUACAAUAUAGCCAGUGUCUACUCCAAUAUCUGGCUCAGCGAGUGGAGCAACGACGAGGCGGCCACCGUUAACGGCACGGUAGACACUGCUCAACGCGACUUGCGUCUUGGUGUAUAUGGUGCACUUGGCCUUGUACAAGGUACAGUCAUUGUGUUUGCUAGUCUCUGCCUGUACUUAGGUAAUGUCAUGGCUGGUCGCCACCUACAUGCAGGUAUGCUGAAAAAUAUUAUGGCCUCCCCAAUGGAGUUUUUUGAUACCACACCCCUAGGCAGGAUGGUUAAUCGAUUCAGCAAAGAUAUUGACGUCCUGGAUGUGACCAUACCGCGGACAUUUGAGGCUUGGUUGGCGUGUCUGCUACGUGUGCUGUCUGUACCUGUUGUCAUUGGUUACAGCACACCCCUGUUUCUUACUGUGCUCAUUCCCCUCGGAUUAUUAUAUUUUGUUAUACAGGAUUCUCUGUCUGUUGUUGAACAGGUCAGGAUCAGUGGUACUGGUAUCAUGGUAGUUAGUGGCAGUUUAGGGUUAUAUGUAGGCAGUGUCAUUUGUGGACGUACCUUCCAUGCCAGGAUACUGGGUAACAUAAUGGCAUCACCGAUGCAGUUCUUUGACACAACACCUCUGGGUCGCAUCAUGAAUCGCUUCAGCAAAGAUAUUGACACAAUGGACACCUUGAUCCCUCGUAUCUGUGAAAGCUGGCUCCACUGUCUACUGCGUGUGGUGGCCGUACCGGUCAUCAUUGCCUACAGCACUCCUCUUUUUCUCUCUGUUCUGCGUCCUCUAGGGAUUCUCUAUUUUGUUGUACAGAGGUUUUAUGUGGCGACAUCUCGUCAGCUGAAGCGACUUGAUUCUGUGAGUAGGUCACCAAUCUACUCUCACUUCGGGGAGACAGUGACCGGGGUGACGACAAUUCGUGCUUAUAAACAACAGGAACGCUUCAUCAGCGAGUCAGAGGGCAAAGUUGACGAAAACAACAUUUGUUACUUCCCUAGUAUCAUAGCUAACAGGUGGCUGGCUAUCCGUCUGGAGUUUGUGGCUAACUGUAUUGUAUUCUUUGCCGCCUUGUUUGCCGUCCUCGGACGUGAUGAACUGUCGGCCGGUCUGGUCGGCCUCUCCAUCACCUACGCCUUAAAUGUGACACAGACACUGAACUGGCUGGUGAGGAUGACCUGUGAACUGGAAACCAACAUUGUAGCUGUGGAGAGAGUGAAGGAGUACUCCGAGACCCCCACAGAGGCCGCAUGGGAAAUAGAGGACAAGAAACCUGACCCCAAGUGGCCAGAAACAGGCAAAGUGACCUUUGAAAAUUAUGGCACGAGGUACCGGGAAGGUCUGGAUCUUGUCCUUAAAGGCAUAACAUGUGAGGUACAACCCGGAGAAAAGGUGGGCAUUGUUGGAAGAACAGGAGCAGGGAAAUCAUCACUUACCUUAGCAUUAUUCCGUAUCAUAGAAAAGGCCCAAGGCAGUAUCAUUAUAGACGGUAUUGAUAUAGCCUCUCUGGGACUGCACGAUCUCCGAUCCAAGAUCACAAUUAUACCACAGGAGCCAGUGCUGUUUUCUGGCACCCUAAAGAUGAACCUUGAUCCGUUUGAGCAGUACAGUGAUGCAGAACUAUGGAGAGCACUAGAACAUGCCCAUCUUAAGAGCUUUGUAAAGGAACUUCCUACUGAAUUAAUGUACGAAUGUUCUGAAGGUGGUGAAAACCUUAGUGUGGGACAGAGACAGUUGGUAUGCCUGGCCCGCGCUUUACUGAGGAAGACCAAGAUCCUCGUCCUUGACGAAGCCACAGCAGCGGUGGACCUGGAGACGGACGACCUCAUCCAGAACACCAUCCGGACAGAGUUCCAUGACUGUACCAUCCUCACAAUCGCCCACAGGCUCAACACUAUCAUGGACUACGACAAGAUUAUGGUGCUAGAUGCUGGUGUUAUUCGUGAAUAUGAAAUUCCCCAUAUUUUAUUGCAAGAUAAGGAAACUAUAUUUUAUGGAAUGGCCAAAGAUGCUGGACUAGUGUUCUGAAGAUGAUCAUCUUUACCUGUGAUUUAGAGUAAUUUCAGGGAGUCUGAAGCUUACAGACAACCGUGACAACUGGCCUGUGUUGGUCACCCAGUUUACACGUCUUUCCAAGUACACGUGAAUUUAUAAUGAUGUACACAUGAUUCUUAUGCAUUCUAUGACAUGCACUCGUGAUUCAAUGACAUGUACACAUGAUUUUGUUACAUAGACACAGAAUUCUGUGACAUGUGCACAAUGUUCUGUUACAGGUGCACAUAUUUCUAUGACAUGUCAUGUGACAUGUACUCAUGAUUAUGUGACAUGCACACAUAUUUUUGCAUCUUGCCCCAAAAUCCAAUGUCCAAAUUAAUUCAGUGCUACACACACACACACACACACACACAUAUACAUACAAUGUAUAUAUAAUCAUAUGUGUGUGAUUGUGUGUGGCAUGUACACAUUGAUUGAUGAGAAAUAUGGUUAGUCUAUAAAUACAUUGAUUUACUCGUUAUGAAUUUUGCACACUUGUUUGGCAACAUGUGUAGGUUAAUGUCAUAAUUAGUUCAUUUCAUUUUAGUAAGUUCAUUCCAAUUGCACUUUCGCAUAUACAAGUUAUUUUAUUGAAAAUGUUAGGAUGUUUAGUUAAGUUUUUAAGUAUGGGUACUUUUAAUUCUUACUUGAUGGUAUGAGGAAAUGUGUUUCCUUCCCUCUAAAGGAAUAAUGUUUCAAAUACUGGUAUUACCAGGGUAUACAUGUUUGUAAAAAAGCUUGGUCAUGUUAUGUCUUGUAAGUCAACAUUUCCAGUAUUGUGCGUACUUUAUAUUUUUGAAUACAUUUCUUUCUUUAUUUGCCUUGUGUACAUAGUACAAUGAUACAUGUACCAGGUUACAUACGUGUUUGAGUCGGGCAACCGACCUCAGUGAUCAGUGGACAGACAAUGCCUUGAAACCUCUAACCUUUUAGAUAGUAUUUACAAAUAAUCUCUUUAAUUAAAUUUUAUUGGGUUUUUUUGGUGUAACUAUACACAUGGAUAGGCAGAGUACAGACUUUCCUGUUUCAUGCAUAUUCUCCUUUCAAAAUUUUAAGACAUACUCAUAUAUAACUGAUGAUUUUACUGGAGAGAUUUGGAAAUCGGGAUUUAAAUGUAUAUAUUAAACAACAAGAUGUUUAAGGAAACCAAGAAUUUAGAUUGGAUGAUCAUGAUUAUUUAUACAUUUUCAAUCGUAAAACUAAAAAAAAUGGUGAAUUGAAUGUAUUGGUUGUUAAGUAUCAUAAAAAACACCACAGCAUUCAAAAGUAAAGAUGACAUGUUGUCAAUUUCAUUCUUGUUUUAACAUAUGAUAUCUAUUUAAUCCUUGUUUUCCACCUCAAUCUUUCCUCUUUAUAUGAAAAUAUUUCACAAGUACAAGGGAAUAGGUUAGAUAACAAAUCUCAAACUGCCUGUACUGAUGUAAUUAAGAGCUAUGUUGUUGGUGUUUAGAAGUGACUCAGUGCUACAUGUGUAUCAUAAUUAUAGUGAUUGGCUGAGACACUGAUUGGCCGAUAUAGUGAAAUGCUUAGACACUGAUUGGCUGAGACACUGAUUGGACGAUACAGUGAUUGGCUGAGGUACUGAUUGGCCAAUACAGUGAUUGGCUGAGACACUGAUUGGCUGAUACACCGAGAAGCCCAAACAGCUGGUCUUCUGUGAGUCUGACUUGAUGCUAGUCUAAGAGUGGGGUUAAUAGUGUCUCAUUGAUCGUGAUGGAUAGGGUGUUUUGUUACCUGUAUCAUUGUUAAAUGUAAUAGAUUGGUCAUUAGAAUUGUUGUACUGUUAUUGUAUUUUCACAGUUAGUAUCUUGUGUAUAUAAAAUUGUUAUCUUUCUUCUUAUGUUAAUUACAUACCGAUUUCAAGUUAUGUUAAUGUCAUUGUAUUUGUAAUCAAUUGUUUUCCAAAAAUCUUCAGUUGUUUUGUUUUCUUAUGUCAGUCUUACAAUUUUUGUGCUUGGUAGUUCUUGAAAUCUUUUACUUUUAUUUUUUCUAUAUUUUUUCCUUAAUUUUAAAACAUUAAUUCAAUUUUCCCUCACAAGUAUCUAUAUUGUUAUUUUCGUUGUCAAACACAUCACAUUUUGUCUUGUUUAAGUUACUGCAUUAUUUUGUUUCAUGUUUUGCCCAUUCAUAUUUGACAAUACAGAGGGCUAGAACAGUACAAAUGUCUUAAUUUAUUAUAUUUUGAAAGUUACAUGUAUUUUUUAACCUACCAUUUUGCAUUUCUUACCUUUUAGAUACAUGGUCGACUAUUUCAGAACCACGGUUCCAGAAGUUGAGACUGUAUCAAAGUGCAUUACUCCGACGAUAAUACCGAGGUUAGACUUAACUAUGACAGCCAGUUUAUAAAUUACCUGACCUUUUUAGAUAUUCAUUUUGAGUGUUUUUCAAAGAUUGUCGAACGUUUUAAAUAUAAUUUUAUAUGACUUCUAUAGGUUGUAGUUGUGUUUUACAGUUGAGGGAUAAGAGUGUCAGGCUUUGGGUAGCUGUGUAGUUUUUAUCAUAAGGUGCUGUGUAUUGUCAUGACUUUGGUUUUGUAGUUAACAGUAUAUCAGGGGACAUGCUAGUGAUUUUAAGGCAAAAGAAUUUGUCAAAUUUUAUUUUUGUAACAAUUUCCUACCAGAUUAAAGGUCACCAUAUGAUGAACAGUUUUUCUUCAGCAAAUCUUACUUUUAUACUGUUUCUCCUCUGGGUAUAAUUUGUAUACCGUAUCUUGUGUUGGUAUAAUUUUUAUACUGUACUUCAUGAUGGUAAUUUUUAUACCGUAUAUCCUGUUGGUAAACUUUCACUUUGUAUCUUGUGUUGGUAGUUUCAAUUGUGUUUUAAUUACAUGACUAUUUCUCCAAUGACACACAUGUAAUAUCAGUUAGCGCCUCUCAAAAAUGGAAAUGUCUAGACUCACUUCUUAUUAAAUCCCAUUUGAAAUGAAUACUCUUUUAUUAUCCUCAUUGCCACCCAUGUUUAUUCAACAGCUGGAUGUCGUUAGCUCUUGGUAUCUUAUUGGGUUUUUUAAAGUUAAUUUUGAAAUUUUUUGUGAAAACCAUUUUUGUUUUGAUCUUUUUGCUUUAAUUUUGAAGCUGUGAACAAAGUUUUAUAAAGAAAUGUUUUAUUAACAGGCCAUCGGAAAGAGAGUUGAAAAGAGCAUUGUCUAUUACUUUAUUAACAGGCCAUCGGAAAGAGAUUUGAAAAGAGCAUUGUCUAUUUUGAAUCAGAAAAAAAUAGGCAAGAAUGGAAAGAAGCUAGAUUAUGGUUAACAUAUAUGUGGUAUUAGGUCUUUAUCCUUAGAUUAAAUUGUAAGGAAUCAUACAUAGGAAUCUCUAGCAUAACUUGAUCAAACAUUGAUUUGUGUAUAACGUAUUUCCCCAAUCAAAAUCAGUGCCUCAUCAAUUUCCAUUACUGUACACAACAUACUGACGUCCUCCAGAUAAUGCGUUUCCCCACGUUAUACAGUAAUGGAGUGCCUAUUUGGAGUGUCUCUAGAGCUAUCUAACAGAUAUCUUAGCUAAAAUAAAAGAAUUCUUUAGAUUCUUAGUCAUUAAUCAGAAGAUAUGUCGACCACUCGUUUUGAGGCCUGGAACGAUGGAGCUAUGUAUGACAGAACGAUUGCUUAACAUCUAACCUAUCCAAUCGUAGCUAUAUACUAUGGGAAGUAACUAUACUAUGGGAAGUAACUAUACUAUGGGAAGUAACAAGUUUUAAAUGUUGUUUCUGUGCAAUAUUUUAUGAAUACAUGUAAUAAGCCACAUUCUAAUUCUGCUUUUGUGAUUUACAUUUAACAUAGGGACUUGUAACACUGUCCUUACUUGGCUUCUUCUAAUUAUGUAUACAUGCAUAAACACAGGGGCAUGUAGCAAUUUAACACCCUGAUUGGCCAUUCAUAGCUGUAAAAUAUAUCGCUAGCCUAAUUUGGGGGAAUCUGGUUCCAAAUUCUUCACCUAAGGUUAGAAUAUACUUGCAUAAGUACUACCUGUGUUUCUUCUCCCUCUUAUCUGUUAGAUUUGUAAAAGAUGAUAUUGACAAUGUUAUAAUAACCCUUUUAGUAUUAAACUAAUCCUUAUUACAUCAAAUUUAAAGAGAAACCUUUAUAAGACCUAUGGCAAACAUGUGCAUUAAUUCUUUCUUCUUAAUUUGGUGUCAGAUUUCAAUGACAGGAUCACCAUUGUCAAACCAUAAAAUCAGUUUGACUGUUUUGGAUUUACUUCUAUUUGUUCAAAUUAAAAUAUUUCAUAUUUGUUGCCAUUUCUUACCCUCAAAUGGGGACUACAGUUCAAGGUCGAUCAGUGCUUUUGUAUUUUGAAAUUUUUAGAUUUCAGAUCUCUUUGGUCAGAAAUCUAAAAUUUCAAUAUGAAAAAAUAAGAGAUGAUCAGACCUUGAACUAUGGUCUCAGCAGCUAUAUAAGGAGCUGACACCAUCAGAGAUUUAUAUAGUACACUCUUUAUGUUUUAACACACAAGCAUUCAUCAAUAUGAGGUUUUUAUGCAGAUUUUCUUUUUAUGAAAGGGCAUCUGAAAAUGCAUGUAAUUUUGAUUAGAAACAAUAAUACAUAAUUUAGGCUAAUGUGAUUUUGAUAUGCAAAUGCAAAAAUUCUGUGGUGUUUUUUUUUGAUUUCGUUAAUUUUGCGCUCUAAUCGUGAUUAAUGCCUAAUUACAGAAUGAAAUACCAAAGCAGUAUUUGAGGUCUGAUGCCACUUGUGCUUUGUGUUGGAAGGUGGCCAUGGUGUGAUUAGAAAUGUAGCCACUAAUUUGUUGAUAAGCAUCAUGUUUGUAUGUCUAUAAUCCUUAAAACAUUAAAUUAUAUAAAAAAUAA